CUUAUAUUGCAGCGAUGCCCUUCUUCAUUCUUCGAGCACUCGUCUUCCUACCGAAACUCAUCUUUUACGAUCAUUUUCCUCCGAUAGCCCACCAUGUCCCAGAUUGUCGAGCCUGAACGAUUGAAUCAGCUCAAGAACAUCAUUCGAUCGUUAUACCUUGUCAAAGGUCACCCGCUCGAAGGUCCGAAUGGCGUUAUCGAGUUGAUGGCAAAGCAGCACGGAUUUCGAGCGACAAAAGCCCAAUAUGAGAAACUUCUCGCAGAUUGCCGCAAGAAGCGUUCCAACAAGGACUGGAAAGUUGUCGGCCAGAAGAUCGAAAAACGGAAGCGGCAAGGGAAGAAGAGCGAUGUGUAUCUCGAUAAGCACUUGAUUCCAAGCAAGAAAGUUCAGAAAGAGAUAUCUAGGCAUGGAUUCAUGACUAUCGAGGAGCAAAUACAGGCCAAGAACGGUACGGACGCAACCCUCAGCUUCUCUGUCCUCUACUUACGCAGAUUUGACCAGCGCCUACCCCACAAACCCCUCCUGGGUUCGAAGUCCUAACACCGUCUGGUCAACCAAUCUCCAAC